AGGCUCCCCGGAAGAACGCUUUGAGCUCCCAGGAUGAGCGGGUGGCAGUGGUGGCUGCUGCUGCGGCGGCGGUGACGGGACUAGAGCUCUAUGCCUUUCCAGCUGUUCAUUCCGCUAGGCUUCCUGUGCGCGCUGCUCCCUCUGCACCAUGGUGCGCCAGGUCCCGACGGCACCGCACCGGAUCCCGCCCACUACAGAGAGCGAGUCAAGGCCAUGUUCUACCACGCCUACGACAGCUACCUGGAAAAUGCCUUUCCUUUCGAUGAGCUUCGACCUCUCACCUGUGACGGGCACGACACCUGGGGCAGUUUUUCUCUGACUCUAAUUGAUGCUUUGGAUACCUUGCUGAUUUUGGGGAAUGUCUCAGAAUUCCAAAGAGUAGUUGACGUGCUCCAGGACAAUGUGGACUUUGAUAUCGAUGUGAACGCUUCUGUGUUUGAAACUAACAUUCGAGUGGUAGGAGGCCUCCUUUCUGCUCAUCUGCUAUCGAAGAAGGCUGGUGUUGAAGUGGAGGCUGGAUGGCCCUGUUCUGGACCUCUCCUGAGGAUGGCUGAGGAGGCAGCUCGGAAACUCCUGCCAGCCUUUCAGACCCCCACUGGCAUGCCAUAUGGAACGGUGAACUUGCUUCAUGGUGUGAACCCUGGAGAGACCCCUGUCACAUGUACAGCAGGGAUUGGGACCUUCAUUGUGGAAUUUGCCACCCUGAGCAGCCUCACUGGUGACCCCGUGUUCGAAGAUGUGGCCAGAGUGGCCCUGAUGCGCCUCUGGGAGAGCCGGUCAGAUAUUGGGCUGGUCGGCAAUCAUAUCGAUGUGCUCACUGGCAAGUGGGUCGCCCAGGAUGCAGGCAUCGGGGCUGGCGUGGAUUCCUACUUUGAGUACUUGGUGAAAGGAGCCAUCCUGCUUCAGGAUAAGAAGCUCAUGGCUAUGUUCCUAGAGUAUAACAAAGCCAUUCGGAAUUACACCCGCUUUGAUGACUGGUACCUGUGGGUGCAGAUGUACAAGGGGACUGUGUCCAUGCCAGUGUUCCAGUCCUUGGAGGCCUACUGGCCUGGUCUUCAGAGCCUAAUUGGAGACAUUGACAAUGCCAUGAGAACCUUCCUCAACUAUUACACGGUUUGGAAGCAGUUUGGGGGACUCCCCGAAUUCUACAACAUUCCUCAGGGAUACACAGUGGAAAAGCGAGAAGGCUACCCACUCCGGCCGGAACUCAUUGAGAGUGCGAUGUACCUGUAUCGUGCCACGGGGGAUCCCACCCUCUUAGAACUGGGAAGAGAUGCUGUGGAAUCCAUUGAAAAAAUCAGCAAGGUGGAGUGCGGAUUUGCAACAAUCAAAGAUCUUCGAGACCACAAGCUAGACAACCGCAUGGAGUCGUUCUUCCUGGCUGAGACUGUGAAAUACCUCUACCUGCUGUUUGAUCCCACCAACUUCAUCCACAACAAUGGCUCCACCUUCGACACGGUGAUCACCCCCUAUGGGGAGUGCAUCUUGGGGGCUGGGGGAUACAUCUUCAACACGGAAGCUCACCCCAUCGACCCUGCAGCCCUGCAUUGUUGCCGGAGGCUGAAGGAAGAGCAGUGGGAAGUGGAAGACUUGAUGAGGGAAUUCUACUCUCUCAAACGGAGGUCAAGAUUUCAGAAAAAGACUGUGAGUUCAGCGCCAUGGGAACCCCCAGUAGGUCCAGGAACAUUCUUCUCACCUGAAAACUAUGAACAGAUGAAGGAGAAGAAGCCUGCCAAGCAGAAAACCCCACUUCUCAGCUGCCCUAGCCAGCCCUUCACUUCAAAGUUGGCAUUACUGGGACAGGUUUUCCUAGACUCCUCAUAACCACUGGAUGAUUUUGUAUUUUUUAUUUUUUUGAGACUAAAGUAUAAUAAUAAAUCUUCUUUUGGCUAU